CGUGCCCCGUGUGAAGCGCGGCUCAUUCUCACCACCGUAUAUGGUUGCAGUUUCAACCGUAUUAAGACCUUUACCGUAGCAUUUUAUGGGGAGAGAGUGUUCCCAACAUGUGCAUUCGGCAGCCAUACAGCUGGUUGCCAAACCUCUGCAAACAUACAAGUCCAAACUACUGCCGUUCGUUACUACAACGCAGAGAAUCCACGUGUGCGGGUACAUAUAAGAGAUCAUCCAGCCGUCUAAUCUGCCUCACUUCUCAAAACUCGUGGAGGUGGCAAAGUCUCGUAACUUAUAUCCUGAUCUCAAUGAACCCUGUCAGUGAAGCUCCUUUAAGGCUGCUCUCGCGUAUACAGGAUAAUAUCGAUGAUCUUCAAUGUGUGGAUCUGGUAGAGUGCUCUGCUUCCGGUCGACGUUUCAUCGACAAGCAUACACUCAUGACUUCAUGUACCCCUGAAGGUUGCAAUGCAAGUGCCACUGCGUUACAUGAAUUGGACCUCCACCUCUCGAUUCGGGAUACCGAGAACGUCGUCAAGAUAGAGCGUCAUUCACUGCAAGGGGAGAGACUCCACCUUUUGCAUGAACAUUGUGGUCGUGGUGACCUGCUUGAGAUCAUGCAACAAGAGAUUAGACUUCAAACCGCGGGUGUGUCACCUCAAAGCUCUUCGAUGAUGACAUUAACUGAUGCUGGCAGACGUCGUGUCUUCACCUCAAUACUACGAGGCGUUCACGCACUGCACACUGCCGGAAUCGCUCACAUGGACUUGUCGCCAGAAAAUAUUUUCGUCACGAAUGCCGGCGUCGUAAAGGUGGGUGAUCUGGGCCACGCUCGUCGAUUCAACCGCAAUCAACCAAGCAUUCAGGUCCUACAAGUUGCCAAGGAGGCCUAUGCUGCGCCAGAGCUGCUAUGUCAUACUGAGGUUGAAGAUGCGCGUUGUGCCGAUGCCUGGUCGCUCGGCGUCAUUCUGUGGACUCUGUGCACUAAGCGUGCCUUGGUUCACCGCGCUCCGUCUUCAACUGACGGUGAUAAGCUCUUCUCUCAAAUGGCUGAACGCGGCACAGUUGUCGCUCUUCAGGAGACUGGGCUCCUAUCGCAUGUAUCAGCUUCUUGUGUCGAUCUCAUUGCUGGGCUUCUUGAUAUGAACACUAAAACGAGAUUCUCAGUGGCGACAGCGUUGCAUCACCCGUGGAUAAUGCAGGAGAUCGCGACAACUAAGCAGCAAUCUCGACGGAAGUCUAUCGGCAGUAUGAUCAAGAAAAAGGGAGAGGAGUUCAUAAUGAAACACCAGCGUCCGACCGAAAAGAAGACCCGAGUACGCACCGCCAGUGCAGAAAUUGCACUUGAAUCGACACGUGUCACCUUGACAUCUCGAAGUCUAGAAGCCUAAAAAAGCAUAUCAAGCAAGAGACGCUUAAAAACAUUCGUAGAGUGUACAAGCACUAGUAGAUAUAUUAUAUCGGGAUUAUCCAUAUUAAUACCCGAGAUUUUUUUAACUCGCAUAAAUUAACGAAAUACGUUGUUGGCACCCGAA